CCGCUCGCCUUGCAGCGGCGGCAGCUGCGACUCCCGAGCCCGGAGCAGCCGGAUGACGGUGCGGGGAGGAGGCGUAGGAUGGUGGCUGACUUGCUGCGGGGCCGGGAGGGACCCUAGGUCCGCCGUGCACCGAGUGAGAGGGGAACCACCCCAGCCCCUCCCCGGCUGCGGCUGCAGGGAUACAUGGGGAGGAUGGAGCGGGGCUGGGUUUACCUUCCGCCUGGAUUGAGCGAGCGAACGACUUAAAGGGGACGGGGGGACCCAAGCCUGUGACAUUUCGCCCCUUCGUUCGCAAGCCACCUUCAUUCCGGAGUUGCCGCUCGGCAUGCAGGACGCCCUGUGCCAGCCCUGCGGGGAUCGGCUCCUGGAGCCCAGCCCGUCCACGGGAAGCUGGCCGGCGCUGGGAGUCUGAGCUGUGCGGAAUAACGGGGGGCAGCAGGCGCAGGACGCAUUCAAGGGGUCCAGGAGUUGCGGCUCUGGCUUCCCCAUCCCGGGGGCAUUUCCCCUCCGGGCGCCGCGGCUGCCGCACCCGGACGGUUCUCUCCAUCUCUUCUGCACCUGCGGGGCACUAGGAAGCCUUCCUGAGCCGGCACCUUUCCGUACCACCCAUCUUUGCGGCUGCCGCUUGUCCUGCACGCUCCCUGCUUGGGCUUGAGACCACAGCUCCCGGGGACGUGGGAUGUGCUCUCACCUGCAGCCACCUCCCAUCCCAAGCCACCUUUGCAUCUCCAGCCAGGCGCCUCCCCACACGCCACCCCUCAUUUGCUAAGCAGCAGCAGAAGCGGCCACACUGGGAGUUUGAUGGCUUCUUUGAGGCGAGUCAAAGUUCUGUUGGUGUUGAACUUGAUUGCAGUGGCUGGCUUUGUCCUCUUUCUGGCCAAGUGUAGACCCAUCACCGUCAAGAGCGGGGAUUCCUUCCAUGAAAUUCAUCCCAGGGCAGAAGUGGCCAACUUGACAGCCCAUGGCAUCAGCCCUAUCCAGGAUGCAGUACUGAAAAGGCUCUCCCUUCUAGAAGAUAUAGUCUACAGGCAGCUAAAUGGUUUGUCUAAGUCGCUUGGUCUCAUUGAAGGCUACGGUGGGCGUGGUAAAGGUGGGCUUCCUGCCACCCUUUCCCCGGCAGAGGAAGAGAAAGCUAAGGGGCCACAUGAGAAAUAUGGCUAUAAUUCCUACCUCAGUGAGAAAAUUUCACUGGAUCGUUCCAUACCGGAUUAUCGUCCAACCAAGUGCAAAGAGCUGAAAUAUGCGAAAGAUCUGCCCCAGAUUUCCAUUAUUUUCAUCUUUGUGAAUGAAGCGUUGUCAGUGAUCCUGAGGUCCGUGCACAGUGCUGUUAAUCACACGCCAGCCCACCUCCUGAAAGAGAUUAUACUUGUGGACGACAACAGCGAUGAAGAGGAAUUGAAGGCACCUCUGGAAGAGUAUGUCAACAAACGAUACCCGGGGCUCGUGAAGGUGGUGCGCAACCAGAAAAGAGAAGGCCUGAUCCGAGCUCGCAUUGAAGGUUGGAAAGCCGCUACUGGCCACAUCACUGGAUUCUUUGAUGCCCACGUGGAAUUCACUGCUGGCUGGGCUGAGCCAGUUCUUUCACGAAUCCAAGAAAACCGGAAAAGGGUUAUUCUUCCAUCCAUCGACAAUAUCAAGCAGGACAACUUUGAGGUGCAGCGUUAUGAGAACUCUGCCCAUGGAUACAGCUGGGAGUUAUGGUGCAUGUACAUUAGCCCUCCCAAAGACUGGUGGGAUGCUGGUGACCCUUCACUGCCAAUCAGGACACCUGCUAUGAUUGGCUGUUCGUUUGUUGUAAACAGGAAGUUCUUUGGAGAAAUAGGUCUUCUGGAUCCUGGAAUGGAUGUAUAUGGAGGAGAGAACAUAGAGCUAGGAAUCAAGGUGUGGCUGUGUGGUGGCAGCAUGGAAGUCCUGCCAUGCUCCAGAGUCGCUCACAUUGAACGCAAGAAGAAGCCCUACAACAAUAACAUUGGUUUCUACACCAAGCGGAAUGCUUUGCGAGUGGCCGAAGUGUGGAUGGACGAUUACAAGUCUCACGUUUACAUUGCAUGGAACUUGCCACUGGAGAAUCCAGGCAUUGACAUUGGGGAUGUCUCGGAGAGAAGAGCAUUAAGAAAAAGCUUAAAGUGUAAGAAUUUCCAGUGGUACCUGGACCAUGUUUACCCAGAAAUGAGGAGAUACAAUAAUACUAUUGCCUAUGGGGAGCUUCGUAACAACAAAGCGAAAGAGGUAUGUCUUGACCAGGGUCCGCAGGAGAACCACACAGCAAUACUGUAUCCGUGCCACGGCUGGGGACCUCAGCUUGCCCGCUACACCAAGGAGGGAUUUCUUCACUUAGGGGCCCUUGGGACCACGACUCUCUUGCCAGAUACCCGCUGCCUGGUGGAUAACAUGAAAAGCCGACUCCCUCAGCUCCUUGAUUGUGAAAAGGUCAAGAGCAGCCUCCAUAAACGCUGGAAUUUCAUACAGAAUGGUGCGAUCCUGAAUAAGGGGACUGGGCGCUGCUUGGAAGUGGAGAGCAAAGGAAUGUCCGGCAUUGAUCUAAUUCUUCGCAGCUGCACGGGACAAAGAUGGACAAUUAAAAACUUCAUCAAGUAAAGGUGUAAGGGCCAGAGCAGUCUGAAGAGCUUCACUCACAACACAAGUGACUUGGACCAAUCAGACAGGGAUCCUUUUCACAGCUUUGGAAAUAAAUAUAAAAACAGAGCUUUAUUCACGGUAUCAGGAGAGGACCUUGGGGGAAGUGGGCAUUUGUGGAGUUUUUUUUAUUGUUUAUUAGUCUCUCACAGCUGAUUCCAACUGGGUGAAAUUGGGUCAGAACUGUUAGUUUCAUCUAGCAAGAGCUCUCAAGGUAUCACUUAUUUCUGCUGGAAUGAAACCUGUGCAGUCUUAUGGAUGGUUUAUUGACGGGGAAGAGCUGCUUUCACAAAUGACUUGAAGCUCUUAGCAAGGGCCAUCAAGGUUUAUACCAGGACCAGAGUUAAGAGACCUUGGACAAACCCACUUGUCAAGCAAGAGCAUUUGUCUGUCUAAAACAGAAAAAGAUUGCCAAGUUUGGAAGCCUAAAGUGAGCUGAGUUAAAGUCAUUAGGUGUUUUUAAAUGUCUCUUCUCUCCUAUCCACCUUCUUCUUCAUCCUGGGACAGGCAUGCUUUAAAGUGACAGGUCUCAAAGGCAUCUCCAAAUAGCCCAUUGAUUUCCCUCUCCCAACAGCAGGAUACCAACUAUACAUACAAAAUGAUGGGGUCUCAAGUAGCUGUUACAACUCAAGAAAGAGAUUUUGGCAUCAUCAUGGAUAGUUCUCUGAAAACAUCUGUUCAGUGUACUGGGGCAGUCAAAACAGCUAACAGGAGGUCAGGAACCAUUAAGGAAGGGAUAGAUAAUAAGACAGUAAAUAUCAUAAUGCCAAUACAGAAAUCCCUGGUGCACCCACUUCUUGAAUACUGUGUCCAGUUCUGCUCCCCAUCUCAAAAAAGAUACAUUAGAAGUGGAAAAGGUACCAAGAAAGGCAACAAAAUAUAAGGGGUAUAAAACAGCUUGCAUAUGAGGAAAGAUUAAACAGACAGAGACUGCUCAGCUUAGGAAAGAGACGACUAAGGGAGGAUGUGGAGAAAGUGAAUGAGGAAGUGUUAUUGACCCCUUCUCAUAACACAAGAACCAGGGGGUCACCCAAUGAAAUUAAUAAGCAGCAGGUUUAAAACAAACAUAAGGAAGUACUUCUUCACACAAUGCAGUCAACCUGUGGAACUCGUUGCCGGGGGAUGUUGUGAAAGCCAAAAGUAUAAGUGGGUUCAAAUAAGAAUUAAAUAAGUUCCUGGAGGAUAGGUCCAACAAUGGCUGUUAGCCACAAGAGUCAGGGAUGUAACCCUGUGCUCUAAGUGUCCCCUAUAUUCUGUUUGCAAGAAGCUGGCACUGAAUGACAGGGAUGGCUUACUUGAUAAUUGCCCUGUUCGGUUCAUUCCCCCUGAAGCACCUGGCACCAGCCACUGUUGGAAGACAGGGAACUGGGCUAGAUGGAGCAUUGGUCUGACCCAGUGUGGCCAUUCAUAUAUUCUUAUCUCAUGCCAAUUCUUUCAUUACUCUAAAUCAGCUGAAAUAAAAAAAAUACGAUCUUCUGUUGCUUCCCCCUCCACUUAACACGUAUGCCUCCUCCAGCAACAGCAAAACCCUGCUUCAGUCUAUAAGGCUGUUUAAAGUAGUUAUCUCCUGUACCUUCCACCUGCUAACAAUUGCAGUAACCCACCACAUGCAGAAUGGAUCUCCUUUUCCCACGCCUUUGCCAAAUGGCAGCCAAAUCCCACCACCACCCUCCUGAAUGCGUUCUCCUCUAAAAACACCUUCCAGUUUUCCCCCCAAAGUGAUUGCUGCUCCUUCACAUUGAUUUCAAAUGAUUACCCCAUUGCAGGACCAGUCCAGUGUGCUCUUAGUGAGGAUGGCCAACGGAAGUCUUCUUUCCCAAGGGGCAGCCAAUCAGCUGAACAGCAAGAUGCUGACCAGCCAACAGCAUGCUGAGCAGCUGACUUGCUUUGCUCCACACUGGAGUUUCAGCACCAGAACUGCCUCUCCUGCAAUUCUUCUUUAUCCUAUUGCUGUUCUUUUGAAAGUGAGGAUAAUUAUGCUUGUUUGCAGGUCAUGCCAAGAACAAGUAAGAGGAGAGAAGAUCCUACCAAGGCGAUCCUCUGAGUGAAGCAGUGGGAUUAAUUUUAAAAAUACACUCGUGACAAAUGAAGACAAAAUAAUAAUAAAAACCCCUGAUCUUCGUAGUGCUUUAGUCCUACUCCCUGUGGUGGGUGUUUGAGCACAUUCAUUGUACCAUAUCUGGUGUAUCCCUGCUUGCCACAAUCCUGGCCUCUGUGAUUCUUCAUGAGCUUUGGCUAAGUCAGGGGAGGGAGGUAAACAGAUAAAUGAAUGUAGUUUGUUUCAAUGCUGAUUUGCCACAAGUUCCUGCCCUGGCAGCCAUCAAGGCUAAUUACAGCAACACAGUGAAGGUGGCAUUGUCACGUUCUCAAUUUUCAACCACAAGAAUAUGCACUACCCAAUUUAUUCAGCCAUGAUAGGUGACCCCCAGAUAUUGCGUUUGGGUCCCAGUGUCAGGGUAAUUGAGAAGGGGGAAUAGUGACAAACCAAGUUACCAAUGUUCACAUGAACGUUAAAAGAAUUCAUUUCACAUCAAGCUGUGUCUGUUGUGGGGAGGGGGGAACCUCUUUUCUUUGUCUUUCUCACAGAAUAAUAAUUUUUCUGGUUGCCCUCUGGUCAGGGUAAGUAUAAAAUAUAUUAAUAUAUGAGAAGUACGUGUAAAUAUCAUUCCCAAAGACUGGAUGUACCCAGAGUUGUUUGCUGCAGAGCACUCGUGCCUGUCUUCCAUUCGGGUCAUGAUGAAGCUACCUUGAUGUUUAAUGAGUUUCAUUUUCAAUGCCAUGCAACAGGUUUAUAGCUGAUGUUUUAGUAAUUUAUUGAACAGAAGCAGAUGUAUUUCAUUGUUCCUUCUACAGCAAUGAACAUCAUUGUUCAAUCAUGCUUGACAAGACUCCCCAUUGGCAUUUCUCUGAUUUUUUCACCCUUGCUGUCCUUAAUGAAGUGAAAUCUUUCAGUUAUCCUGAAUUGCACAGUACGGAGUCAUUGUAAAACUUUGCUCUCUUAUUAGCUGUUGCAUCAUCUCUUGUGUAAUAAAUUUUAGCACUUACAAAACCA